CGCCAGGGCCGCUGGGAAAUGUAGUCCCUGAUCUGCCCUGGGACGGCGGUGUCCUGCAGGCCCACCGGUGACAGCUCAGGAGGCCCCUUCUUCCAUCUCCAACGCCCCCCCCCCGAAAAAGCUCUAAUACGGCAUGGGAGGUUCCCACCUGCCCUACCCCAGGGUUUGACAGUUCAGCAUGGACCAGUCUGUGGCAAUCCAGGAGACCCUGGUUGAGGGAGAAUACUGCGUCAUCGCAGUCCAAGGUGUGCUGUGUAAGGGAGACAGCAGGCAGAGCCGCCUGCUCGGGCUGGUGCGAUACAGGCUGGGAAAUGACGUCCAGGAGCAUGCUCUCUUCCUGUAUACACACCGGAGGAUGGCUAUCACAGGAGACGAUGUAUCUCUGGACCAGAUAGUGCCACUCUCAAAAGAUUUCAUGCUGGAAGAAGUGUCCCUGGAUGGUGAACUCUACAUCCUUGGCUCUGAUGUAACCGUACAACUGAACACAGCUGAACUCAGGCUUGUAUUCCAGCUACCCUUUGGUUCACACACCAGAACAUUCCUCCAGGAAGUUGCCAGAGCCUGUCCAGGUUUCAACCCUGAGACGCGGGAUCCCGAGUUCCUGUGGCUGUCCAGACACAGGUGCGCGGAGCCCGAUGCCGAGUCGCCCAAACCGCGCGAGUGGAAUUCGGACCCGGGUACCCGGAGUGGCUUCGCGCCCAUUGGAGGAGGCAGGUAUCAGUCUCGGAAAGCACAGCGAGGAUUGGAUGAUGCCUUGCCUAGGGGCCCAGGCUACCUUCUGCUUUGGGGCGGAGCCACUGAGGAGCCGGAAUUUCUAUUGGCAGAGGAGGUGCAUGAGGGCGGGCUUGUGCGAGGACGGAACGCGCGCGGCGGGCGGCGGGAUGAAGCGCUUGAGGAAGCAGACUGGGAAAUGUCGGCAGGCGGCGGCUCUCGGGAGCGCGACUGUGCAGGCGGUUCUAACAUCAACAGCUCAAGCCCAAAUGGGAGAGGCCUGCCUAUGGACCAAAGCUCCGGGGCCAGGUAUCCCGAUAAACCAGAAAACUCUCUCACAAGACAGAAUAAAUCUAAGUCUGAAAUUACUGACAUGGUUCGCUCCUCCACAAUGACGGUAUCAGACAUUUUAUCCGUGGAGAAGUUUGGGCUUCGAGACACAAUCGUGAGAUCACACCUCCUACAGAAGGAAGAGAAUUAUACCUACAUCCAGAACUUCAGGUUUUUUGUGGGAACAUACAAUGUGAAUGGACAGUCCCCCAAAGAAUGCCUCCGACCCUGGCUGAGCCACAGCACCCAGGCCCCAGAUGUGUACUGUGUAGGGUUCCAGGAGCUCGAUCUGAGUAAGGAAGCCUUCUUCUUUCACGAUACCCCAAAGGAGGAGGAGUGGUUUAAGGCUGUGUCAGAAAGCCUUCACCCAGAUGCCAAGUAUGCAAAGGUGAAGCUUGUCCGGCUGGUUGGGAUUAUGUUGCUGCUGUACGUCAAACAGGAACACGCAGCCUAUAUCUCAGAAGUGGAAGCUGAGACUGUGGGGACAGGAAUCAUGGGGAGGAUGGGUAACAAAGGAGGAGUGGCCGUCAGGUUCCAGCUGCACAACACCAGCAUCUGUGUCGUCAAUUCCCACCUGGCAGCCCACACAGAGGAGUACGAGAGGAGGAACCAAGACUACAGAGACAUCUGUUCUCGAAUGCAGUUCUCUCAGGUGGACCCGAGCCAACCCCCUCUCACCAUUAACAAGCACGAUGUGAUCUUGUGGCUGGGGGACCUCAACUACAGAAUAGAAGAGCUGGAUGUGGGCAAGGUGAAAAAGCUGGUGGAAGAGAAGGCCUUCCAAACCCUGUAUGCGCACGAUCAGCUGAAAAUCCAGGUGGCUGCCAAGACCAUCUUUGAAGACUUCACAGAGGGUGAGAUUACAUUCCAGCCUACUUACAAGUACGAUACUGGCUCUGACGACUGGGAUACCAGUGAGAAGUGUCGUGCACCUGCCUGGUGUGACCGAGUCCUAUGGAAAGGAAAGAACAUCACCCAGCUGAGUUACCAGAGCCACAUGGCCUUGAAGACCAGUGACCACAAGCCUGUCAGCUCAGAGUUCAACAUUGGGGUGAGGGUCAUCAAUGAAGAACUCUACCGGAAGACCCUGGAGGAAAUUGUCCGCUCCCUGGAUAAAAUGGAAAAUGCCAACAUUCCUUCUGUGACACUCUCCAAGCGGGAGUUCUGUUUUGAGAAUGUGAAGUACAUGCAGUUGCAAACCGAGUCCUUCACAAUUCAUAAUAGCCAAGUGCCCUGUCAGUUUGAAUUCAUCAAUAAGCCUGAAGAAGAGACCUACUGUAAGCAGUGGCUGAGAGCCAAACCCAGCAAGGGCUUCCUCCUGCCAGAUUCUCAUGUUGAGAUUGAACUGGAGCUUUUUGUAAAUAAGGCUACGGCCACGGAACUCAACUCAGGCAAAGACACGAUUGAAGACAUUCUGGUUUUACACUUGGAACGGGGAAAGGAUUACUUUUUGUCCGUGUCUGGGAACUACCUGCCCAGCUGUUUCGGGUCUCCUAUCCAUACAUUGUGCUACAUGAGGGAACCCAUCUUGGAUCUACCACUGAAAACUGUUAGUGAGCUGACGUUGAUGUCAGUGCAGACUGCAGAUGACAGGAGCCGGUUUGAGAAACCCAUGGAAAUCCCCAAAGAACUCUGGAUGAUGGUGGAUUACCUGUAUAGAAAUGCUGUCCAGCAGGAAGAUCUGUUUCAGCAGCCAGGUCUAAGGCCAGAGUUUGAGCAUAUAAGGGACUGUUUAGAUACUGGAAUGAUCGAUCACCUCUGCGCUAACAACCAUUCUGUAGCAGAAGCCUUGCUGCUUUUCCUAGAGAGCCUGCCAGAGCCUGUCAUCUGUUACAGCGCCUACCAUAGCUGCUUGGAGUGUUCCGGCAAUUACACAGCAAGCAGAGAGGUUGUUUCUACUCUCCCCAGCUUCCACAAAAAUGUCUUCAACUACUUGAUGGCGUUUUUGCAAGAAUUGCUGAAAAAUUCAGCAAAAAAUCAUUUGGAUGAGAAUAUUCUAGCUAGCAUAUUUGGCAGCUUACUGCUCCGAAACCCAGCUCGUCACCAAAAGCUUGACAUGGUGGAGAAGAAGAAGGCCCAAGAGUUUAUUCACCAGUUCCUCUGCGGUCCACUCUGAGCCUCAGUACUCCUCUCCUGUUUUCCUCAAGGCAGCCACAAUUGCCAGCCCCACCUGUUUCAGCUCAAGAACUGCCUUAAGCUGGUCUGAGGCCAGCUGGAAGGACGGCAGCUACCUGUUUCUUGAGCCUAGACCUACCUAUUCCCCAUGCCGUUGGCUAGCACACCCAUGUUAACUUGUGAAGACAUAGGGGAAAUCCACCAUAACAGAACUGACGUUCCAUGUUCAACUUUAGUUAUUUAACACAAAUAGCUCCCUAUUCAUUUUUAUUUAAAAAGUUUUAAGUAACUGUACUUUGCCUUAUUCAGCCAGCCUCCAGGACAUGCAGUGAGUUCUCCGUAUCCCAUACUGAGCAUCUCAUGGUCAGAUACUUGGACUAACUGAAGUCCCUGAAGGAGAAUGAGUUGGACAGCAGGACUCUGCUUAGAUGUUCCUGGAUAAAGAACUUUUAGCCAUCCCAGAUGCUUCCACUGUCCAAGCUGAGGACAUGUACAUGCAUAGGGCAACUGUUCCCUUUCUACUCAACUCCAAGGCCUCUCAGUUGCCCUUAAAAGCACUGAAGAAAGGGGGUUCUGGUGAAACAAGUGGGAUUUUGUAGGCUACCCAGUCUCCCAACUGUAUAUAAUGCAUCACCUCUCAUAUAUGUAAUAUAUUUUAAUGAUAAAUGUAUUUUUAACA